GAUCGAUUCAAUAUAUAUACAUAUCUUAUCACCUAAUACAUUAUUACUUAUCUCUCCCCCAAUGUGUUAACUGGUGUGUGUUUAUUCAGAUAUGUACAAUCGUCAAUAUUGAAAAUACAGUAGGCAGUUACUUGUGUCAAACACAAUUAUUUUUAUUUCCAUCUUACCAAUAGUUGUGUCUCAUGUUUUGUUUACGCACUUCACCGAGAUUACACUGCAUAGAGAUUGUGGAAUACAUUCAAAUUUGUAAACGUGUUUGAGAGCGAUCUAAUCGAUCAAGUGUUAUCCGUUUAUAAAUAGCGUAUCAUGCUAGUGAUCAAAAUCGUCGACAAGUUUAAAAAAAAGCAUCCAACAGUCGGCGAUAUGUCCUAGACGAGAGAGAAGAGAAUCCAGAGAUUUAUAGUGGGCCGUAAAAGUUGUGUUUGUUUCCAUGGAAAUAUGAUCACCUCUGCUUACUGGCGUGUUUGUUUAUUGUUUGUCGCGUGCGGAUGUCAAAGCCUCGUGUUGGACGAGGAAGAUUUAUCCAACGACUAUCCUAUUGACGAACUGCAGCAUCAAACCAAAACAAUUAGAGUGUUGAAUGGAACUCCUUUAACCUUAAAAUGUCACCAAGAAAAGGCAAGAUGGUAUUUUAAGCCCUGCGAUUCGAAUUUCUAUGGAAUAGUAUGUAAUGAGAACCGCCACUGGAAAAAGCUGACCGAUGAAACUAAAGGAAGAAUACACUUUGAGGCUGCCAAAAAAGUUCAUAACGGAAUUUACCGAUGUUCACAGAACAAUAUACCGAUAAAGUUAUUUAUUGUUGAUGUUUUUGAUCCUGGCUAUACUGGUGCACCUCCCCAAGUCUACCCCCUGAAAAUAUCCAACAUAACAGGACCAAUAAACAUGGAGUUUACAAUCCAGUGCAAAGUAACCAGCGAAGUACCUCCCAAAAUCAUCUGGUUCAAGAGCUGUUUCGGACAAAAGUGCGACUUCAGAUAUCACCAAACGUGCUACUGUCACAUCAACACAUCGAUCUCUAACUACAACACAGGAAACACCUACCUCAGUAAAUACCUCAUUUUCAACGCAAGAGAUGUAGAUAGCGGCACCUACGUUUGUUUAGCACUUACGCAGUUCGGGAAGGACGACCAAAACGUGACUAUAAAUGUGCCGUGUAAAAAAUCGGAUAGUGAAUUAUAUUCCUUGUUAUUUUUAAUACCGUUCGGGCUGUUGUUGAUACCUCUAGUUGUGUGGUUAUGUUAUUAUAGGAAGAAGAAGAAAUCUACUAUCAUAAUCGUCGAUCAACAGAAAAAGCUACUUAGGACUAUAACACAACCGAAAGAAAUCAUAUAGUCAAUUGUCUAAGAUUAAAUAUAAUACAUAAAUUCAUAUAUAGGUACAAUCAAGAGUCCUAUGUAAUACAGUAUCCCGAGAGGUUACGUUGUAUGAUUGGUCGAAAUUUACUUUGAACAAAACGGAAUUCAAGACAAGUUUAGUUCAUCAUCGGCCCCCUCGUCAAACUGAAUUUUUCUUUUUUUCUAUCUUAUUUCUUUAUAUGUUUCAUUUGGGAAUAAUUUUUUGGCUUCCUCUUCAUAAAUGACAAAAUUAUUUUUGAUUGAGGUAAAGUAAUUUGAAAGAAAAAU